AUGCACUUCCCCACCACCUCCCUCACCACCUCCCUGCUCGCCGCCAACAUGGCCCUCGCCAACGUCGCCCAGGAGGCACCCCGCGACCCCAUGAUCACACCAGCCCCCGUGCUCGCCGAGCGCCAGUCCUGGCAGGACCGCCUGUCGUCCGCACUCGCGGAGGCCAGCUCGGCCGAGCAGCGCGCCAGUUCCAUCGCCAGCAGCUACCAGAAGCGUGACUGGCAGGCCGAGCGGGCUUCGGCUCUGUCAGUUGGCAGUGCCGCUCAGGCAGAGGCCAGUGAGAUCGCCGCGCAGUACGGCAAGCGUGACUGGAAGGCCGAGAAGGCCUCGGCGCUGUCGGUGGCGAGCGCGGCUCAGGCAGAGGCUAGCAAGAUCGCAGCGCAGUACGGAAAGCGUGACUGGAAGGCUGCGAAGGCUGCGGCUCUCGCAGCUGCCAGUGCAGCUCAAGCCGAAGCCAGCAACAUCGCAGCCCAGUACGGCAAGCGGGACUGGAAGGCCAACCGGGCUUCGGCUCUGUCGGUAGCCAGCGCCGCCCAAGCGGAAGCCAGCCGCAUCGCAGAACAGUACGAGAAGCGAGACUGGCAAGCCGCCGAGGCCGCGGCCCUCGCAGCCGCCAGCGCCGCCCAAGCUGAGGCGAGCCAGAUCGCCGAGCAGUACAACAAUAAACGCGACUGGCACGACGACCUCGCAGCCGCGCUCGCGUCAGCCAGCUCCGCGCAGGCCGAAGCCAGCGCCAUCGCCGCGCAGUACGACAACGAGAAGCGGCAAGACUGGCAGAGCGUGGCGGAUUCGGCCAAGAGCCUGGCCAGCUCGUACAGCAGUGAGUACAGCGACUACGGGUCGUCGAUCGCGUCGUCGUACGAGAGCUACGGGUCAUCGGUGGCGGACAGCGCGCACAGCGUGGCUUCAACGGCGGCCGACGCCGCGAUGUCUAGUGCCAGCGAUGCGGUAAGGAGCGCUGAGAGCGUGGCUUCGACGGCGACGGGCGCGGGACAGGCGUCGGCUAGCGAGGCGGUGAUGAGCGCGCACUCGGUUGCGUCCGCUGCGCAGGCGCAUGCGGCUUCGAGUACUGCUGCUGCUGCUGCUGCUGCUGCUGGGAACACUGACAGUGCGGCGCCGGGUCUGGUUGAGUUGCCGUCGGUGCUGCCCCUGGGCGUUGCAGCCCUCGCUGUUCUGGUCGGAGCUGUCUUGCUGUAA